ACACCACCCGACACGACACGUGGCUACUUGGCUGAGCCAAUCGACUCUUGCUUCUGGACAUCGUCGGCAAUGGCAUCAUGGGAGCGAGGUUUAUGUAAAUGAAAAAUGGCAGCUUACCGAGCUAAAAUACCGAGUAAAGCCCAAGCCACUUUACAAUACUUUCGUGCUCUACGAAGCCAAUCUGGCUCGGCUGCCACUGAGACGCAUAAUGCGCCGCUAAGAAGAUAUUUCAGGGCUUACGGAACUGGUGCUUUGCAGAGAGUGAAAGUCUGUCCCCGGCAGGACACCCGGCUCGACACCCGGCUCUAUGGAAGAUGUGCUUUCUUGCUGGGAGGAGGAAUCGGCUUGUACAGUGCACUCAAAUUAUCUCUACAACAGCAUUUUGCAGAGGAACAAUUAUCCCACGUGCUGGGCACGACACCAAGGGUAACGCUCUACCAAUACAAGACGUGUCCCCAGUGCAGCAAGCUCCGGGCAUUUCUGGACUAUUAUGGUCUGGAGUAUGACAUUGUGGAGGUCAACCCAGUUCUGCAUACAGAGAUAAAGUGGGCUGCCUCCAGUAAAGUCCCCAUUCUUGUGAUCGAGGGUGAAGAGGCUUUGCAACUGAAUGAUGCCUCUGUGAUCAUGAGUGCAUUGAAGACAUGCAUGAUUGAUAAGAGUAAAACCAUUCAUGAGGUCAUAAACUACUAUCCUGUCUUGAAAUCUAAAAACAUCUUUGGGAUCGAAAGCACAGAAUAUACCAACAGGCACUGGGUUAUGCUAAAUGAGAUAGCCCUUGAGCUUCACUACCCAAACAAAAACGCAAGACGGGAUGAGGUGAAAUGGCGCCACUGGGCAGAUGACUGGCUUUUGUGCAUACUUGCCCCGAAUGUGUAUCGCAGUCCUGCGGAGGCCUUGGAGGCCUAUGAGCACAUUGUGCUUGAAGGCAAUUAUGGCCUUGUGGAAGGCGUCGUCAUCAAAUAUGUGGGCGCAUUUACCAUGUUCUUCUUGUCCAAGCUGCUACAAAUCUGGUACAGAAUGGAGACCGAUGUGAGGCAAGAUCUGUAUAAGGCCGCUGACGAAUGGAUGACCGCUGUUGGCAAGAAGAGAACGUUCUUGGGAGGCGACAAGCCAAAUCUAGCCGAUAUAUCAGUGUAUGGAGUCCUGCGUACAGUUGAGGGCCAACAGGCAUUUGAUGAUGUCAUGAAACAUACCCGGAUGAGGAAAUGGUAUCAGGCCAUGGAGAAGGUAAUUCAGGAGCGUGGGGGUCAGGACUGAUGCCUCCAUCACUGUGGACUCCGUCUGGGUCGACUCGUCUCACACCGUACUUGAAAACCAACUGUUAAUUAUGACAUGCAACAGACACAUAGUUUUAUAUGUGAAUGGGCAAACUUAAUCUUUUAUACAUCGGUGUGUAUAUCAGAGCAAGUGAUGUUGCUUUCAGCAUUAAGGUGAUUCAUUCUUGAUGUUAUUUAUGAACUGAACUGAAGAUCUGUCACUGAUAUGUAUACGAAUAUGUAUGAUGAUGGGAAUAUGACAUGACAGUAAAACCUCAAAUUAAUGUUUUUA